GGGGACGACUAUGACUCGGAUCAGGGGGAAGAGGAGGAGGAUGAGGAUGAGGAAGGGGAGGAGGACGAGGAGGGGCUGCCUGCGGGGCUGUCGGCGCUGGACAAGCGGCGCAUGAAGGCGGCGGCUGGGGACCACCCGCUACAGGAGAGCUUCCGUGCCAUGGCCGCGGCCCUAGCCAAGAAGCACGGGGUACAGGCGCCCAAGAACCCCUUCCUGCAGGAGGAGGAGGACGAGGGCGAGGAGGAGGAGGAGGAGGGAGAGAGCGGGGAUGAAGGGGAGGAGGAGGAGGGCGAGGGAGAGAGCGGGAGUGAGGAGGGCGAGGAGGCUGGGAGCAGUGGUGAGGGUGAAGAUGAGGAGGACGAAGGCGAGAGCGACGAAGAGAGUCUGGAGGAGCGACGCAACCCGCGCAACCCGCCCUCCACCUCCCGACCGGAAGCCGAGGCUGCCGCUGCAGCCAAACCCUCUUCCAAAGCAGCCGCCGCAGCAGCAGCCACGAAGAAGUCUGGCGCCACCGCCGCCGCUGCUGCCAAACCAGCAGCAGCAGCAGCCUCCCCCCUAGACGGGCCGCUGGACCUGCCGUACACGAUUCCCUUGCCCUCCUCGUACAAUGAAUUUGCCUCGCUGGUGCGGGGGCGGCCCGCUGAGGAGCUGCAGACCGCCAUCCAGCGCAUCCGGGCCUUCAAUGCGGUCGCGCUGGCUACGGACAGCAAGCGGAAGCUGCAGGAGUUCUACGGUAUCCUGGUGCAGCACUUUGCCAUGAUUGCCGGCCAGCAGCCCCUGCCAGCUGCCUCCCUGGACGUCCUCUCCCGCACACUCCUAGAAAUCACACCGGAGGUGCCGUACUAUGCGGCAACCGUCGCUCGCGCGCGCCUCACUCGCAUGGCCGACCAGCUGACGUCAGCGCUGGGCGGCGCGAGUGCGCGCGGCGCAGUGGAAGCAGCCGGGAGCUCCGUAACGACAGCAGCAGCCGCAGCAGUGCCCUCCUCCCCCUGGCCGCCGGCUCGUGUGGUGCUGCAGUUGAAGCUGUUCACGCGCCUGUUCCCCACCAGCGACCGGAGGCACCCGGUGCUCACACCCGCGGCGCUGCUCGUGGGCAAGUACCUGAACCAAUGUGUGAUCUCCAACCCGCAUGAGGCGGCUGUGGGGCUGUGUCUGUGCGCCCUCAUGACGCACAUGGCGGGGCCCGCGCGCAGGACCGCACCCGAGGUGCUGGUGUUCCUGCGCGACUGCCUGGCAGCCUACCUGCCGCCCGCAGCCGCAGCCAAGACCUCCACCUCGGCUACCGCAGGGAAAGAUGCAGCAGCAGCUGCGGCGGCGCCAAAGGACCCGGAUACCUUUGUUCGCUUCCCGCCGGGGCUGCUAGCGUUGGAAGGUAGUACGGCAAAGGAGGCGCCGUUGUUAGACUUGUACGAGGUGCUUGGCAACAUGUCGGCAAGUGACCCACGGGUCAGGAGCGAUGCGUUUAAGCUGGGGCUGCUUCGGACGGCGUUGUGCGGAGUGCGCCGGGCUGCCAGCCUCAUGAUGCCCUUGAAGGCGUCCUCGGGUUCCGCGCCUGAGAGUACGGCAGAGGGGGCUUUGUACGACGGCAGUGAAGGCAGCGGACUCGUGUGUUUGGAGCAGGCGGUCGCGCCCUUGCGAGUCGUCCUUGCAGGGCUGCAGAAGAUCGAGCGGCGGCUGCCGACGGAGCUUAAAGAGCUGCGGGCCUCGGUGCUCAAGCAGCUCACGGAGGCCUCCGCUGCAUGCGUCGCAGCCCGCCGACCCAUGUUCCAACCCGGCCGGGCCCGGGCCGGCGCGACUGCCGUACCCGCCGCCGCCGUACGGGAGUUCAACCCACGCUUCGAGGACGGAUUCGUACAGGGCCGCGAUUACGACCCAGAUCGGGAGCGGGCUGAGGCUCGGCGACUCAAGCGCGCCAUUGUCAAGGAGCGCCGCGGCGCCAUGCGCGAGCUGCGGCGGGAUGCGGUGUUCAUGGCGGAGGAGCGGGACCGCGAGACAGCCCGGGUGGACGCGGAGCGGCUGGAGAGCGAGCGCCGGUUCUACAGCGAGCUGCAGAGGCAGGAGGCCGACAUGCGGAGCGGCGGGCAGGGCGGCAUGAACCCGCACCUGAAGAAGAAGGGGAAGAAGUAGUGGGAGGAUUGGAGUAGGGUUUGUAGGAGGAGGAGCGUGAGAUGUGAACGUAUGUGAAGCAAGGAAUGAGAGCGUUAUGAUCUUGGGGGCUUAAUAUUGUGGGGGCACUGGAUACUGAUGACGGUUGCUUAGACAGGUGCAUAGAGACAGUUGAUGGGGAAUGCUGCUUCACAGGGGGCAGUAUGUUCCUGCAGAUGUACGAAGGUUGAGGCUUUAGGUAGAACGUAGAUCGUAGAUGUGACGUAUAAGGGUUUCCGCCGUU